UUACACUUGGCACAAUGCAGUCAGGCAAGUACUGUUCUCCUGGCAACCCCCAAACCCAGACACAUCCAUCGGAUUGCCAGACAGAGAAGCGUGAUUCGUUACUCCAGAGAACACGUCUCCACUGCUCUAGAAUCCACUGCUCUAGCAUCCAACGCUUUGCUGUUGUUCCCAGUUGCUUCUACUUUGUUAUAACACCACUAACAGUUGACCGUGGAAUAUUUUUUAGCAAGGAAAUUUCACGGAUGGCUUUUUUUGCACUGGUGGCAACCUAUAACAGUACCACGCUUGAAUUUACUGAGCUUCUGAGAGCGACCUAUUCUUUCACAAAUGUUUGUAGAAGCAGUCUGCAUGCCUAG